AUGGUUCAGUACCGGCCAGAUAUGCUGUACGGGACUGCGAGGGAGUACAAAGACUACUGGAAACUUACAAACAAUGGGCGGUGUUCCUCAAAAGACCUCCGUCGCUCGCUACAGAAUGCUGGAUACACUUUUCGGAACAAUGAAGACCGCGAAAGAUUGCUAGACCUGCAAAGCCGUGCAGACCGUGAACUCCUCUCAUAUCAGGACUGCGACACUCGCGAUCUCAAGAAGUUCCACAAGCAACGCGGGAUCAAGACACUGGUUCGUGGCAAGGACACGAAAGGGAAGUACAUUGCAGCACUCGAGGAAGCCGACGACAACGCCGCCUUCGGUCACUUCACAGAUCUUCCAGCGGAGCUUCGCCUUCUGAUCUACGAGUAUCAUAUCGGUGCCCAUGAAGAUGAAGCGGCGGAAACCAACGGCACACAUCCUCGAGUACCUCCUCCCAUUACCGAAGUAUCCCGUCUGAUCCGUCAUGAGUCACUUCCGAUCUUCUACGAACGCCAUCGCUUGCGUAUCUGCUUCGAGUGCAGGUUUCACGACGACUUUCGUAUUGAAGGGCCAUCGAUGACCCUCAUCGAACACUGCGACGGCGAUCUCCUCCCUCGGUACAUGAAAGUAUGUCUCUCUGUAUCAGUAUCUGGUACUGGUCGAUUCUCAUGGCAUAUUGAUCUCUGUGCUGGGGUCAACGAAUUCAAAAUGGUCCACAAAGCGUACGGGUUCGGGAUGACAAGCCCACCGAAGGAAUGGCUAGCUGGGACUGAGAAUCAGCUACGAAGUAUUCUGAAGGUCGUAGUGGAUCGCGAGGGGCAAUCUGGGUUGUUGAAGGAGGACUUGGAUGAGUUCAUGGGGGUUUUGAAUGCAGCGAAGAACAAAAUUGGCACAACAUGA